UCUCGAACGUAUCCCCGAGCCACGUGAGCCAACGUAGCAGCGAUUUCGUGUGUGAAAAAUCGCCCGAUGAAACGGCCCGAUCGAAAGUACAGCGAAUUCUUGCGUGUUUUAACCGCGAGCUUUUGAAACAGUGCACAGUAUGCGCCGUGGCGACGCGAGUGUAGUGGAGUGUUUUGACACACGCGUGGUCCGGUGAUUUCUGUGAAACGUUGCGUUCGAUGAAUGAAGAGGACACUGUUACACGCCGUAAAUAACGCGGGAGGAACGAUCGUCAAGGAUGCAGACCGACCUAAGCGGAGGACCUGGCCUUCCUGUUAUGGCAGGAGAUGUCCUUUCUCUGCGAGGAACAGGACUUGCCGCUGCCGAAACAUGGGCUCUCCUAUGCCAGGCUGCCCAGGCCCUCCAGGACCUUUUUCUCUCAAACGGUGGUGUAGUGGGUGGAUCGAGAGCUGGCCCGGUGGUGACUCUUCACACGUUGGAGUUGACGCCACGUGGUAGGGUUUUGUUGCAACUCGCACCACCCGAAACCGCUCGGGCCUAUCUGCCGCCAGAAUAUCGACCAGGUCGCAUAUAUUCGGACACCGAUUCAGAAAAGAUGUGGAUGUACUCGCUGGGAAGGGCAUUAUUGGACACAACCCCGAGAGUCGCAGCGCUGAUGGGAACGGUUUCCGUUUCACCCUCGUCGGCGCUUCAGUCCGUUUUAGCCGCCAUGACGGAACCCGAUCCCCGAAGACGAGCAUCCUUGAUGAAUCUUCUGGACGUGAUAUCCGAAUACUGUCGUACCCGGUUGCAGUCAAAGCCUUUCACUCAUAUAGUAAUGGACAUGUACCGCGAGGUGGUGAAAUCGCCGCAGUACGCCGCCCGGAAACGCAUGAUCUAUCAUCAUCUGAACCCUCCGCCGUCUCUUCGUAAUCUCGCAGACAGAGCCGAGCAAAGUCGCCGUCAGAGCAAUUAUCCUCACCAUUAUCAGCAACUGGAUCCUCUUCAGUUGGUGCACAAUCAACCGACUAGUCGUCAUCAGCAUCCGCAUCAGGAUCGAGCUCAAUAUCACGCGACGAAUCAGUUCAAUCAUCCUCGUCAGAGCCAGCAGGAUCGAGUGCAAAGGUCACCGAGUCAAGUUCAUCUGUACCAGCAUCAUCAACAGCUUCAGGAUCCCCCGCAGCAGCAUCAGAUACCGAAAGUCCAUCACUUUCCCCAUCAUCAUCCGGCGAAGGGAGCACUGUUCAAGCUGCAGUCGCAAAACUCUCAUUCUCAUCCGAACCUGACCAGCCUCUGUGGCCAGCAAACGCAACAGAAUCGACGCCAAGAGGCGAACCUGGACGAUCGGAGGUCGCAGUUCCAGUCACAGCUAAACGUACAAGCGACUGGUCGCGCGGUUGGACCGGCCAUUCAGCACCAACGACGACACCAUCAUUCCAGAACGUAUUCCCAGCCGAUAUACACGAGAUUGCAGCAUACCAGAAGCAGCGGCAAUUUGCCGACAGUCGUUGGGGAAAAUAAUUCCGGGGGGAACGUUUACAGUGACCCUAUUUACGCGUUGCCAGUUAAACCGUUCCUGAGCUCGCAAGACGUCAGAGUAAACGGACUGUCCGUGAAGCCACCGGUCGGUCAUUGUAACGAGGAUGUUUAUACAAGCACAACUAUAGCAAGGCGACCGUCUGCCGCUGGGUAUUCUCAUCCAGACAUAGCGACGUCGUCUGCAGAACGUGUAAGAGACGAGGUUUACGGAAAAUCAGCGGGACGACCGAAUCCAGCGUUGCAGAGGCAAUGCUCAAAUCCUCAACUGCCCAGCAGGGAUCAGCAAGAGGAGGAUUUCAAGCGGCCUCCGGAGCAAAAUUUCACGACGACCGAUCACAGAUGUCUGGCCGUUAGGAGGAAAGAGGAGCAGAUAGAUCAGCAACAAAAUCCAGUGUCUUCCAUAAGGGUCAGAAGUGUUCAAGGACCGCCAAAGCCACCGCGAAUUAUCACCACCUUGAAGAAGACGCCAUUUUCCGACACGGAAAGCACCAGAUUAGAACCACCAGCCAAACCACCCAGAAAUCUGAUAAAGAAUGGACCGAGGGCUAGACGCGGCAAAGCGGUUCAAAGGGCGCCGUCCCGCCUGUAUAGGACCGUGGGUGGACCCACGAGAUCAUUCAACAAAGCGCAGUGCGUUGGUCCAGAGUUUGUGGUGCGUGCAAACCAACCGCCAAAGACUCUGUGUGUUGGCCAAAUAAAGGCUGGUAGUUCUGGACGAAUAGUUGUGAUAAUGCUGACUGGGCAACGAGUAGAAGUGACAUGUGAUCCUCAAAAAGUCACAGCCGGUGAUUUGUUUCAGGCCAUCGUGCAAGCUGAAAGCCUCGACGAAAACUUCACUCUUGGACUGGCCGUGCUAUUGGCGGGUGACUUCGCGAUUUUGCCGCCUGAAACUAAAUUGAAUAAGGUCGCACCACCGGGAUGGCUAAGCAGUGGCAAGAGUAAAGGCCUCCUGGGUCUCCCGACUAGUUUUAUGCUGUAUCUGCGGCUAAGGUUCUUUCUACCCUCUCUUCGUGGUAUAAGGAGUUGGAUAUCGAAGCACCUACUGUAUCUGCAAAUACGACGAUGUAUAUUGGAACAACAGCUGGUGUGCCCGUACCCGGAAUUAAUUAAUCUGACUGGACUCGCACUUCAAGCCGAAUUUGGAAAUUAUAACGUGAACGAGCACGGUUGCGGCGAUUACUUCCUGCUGGAGCACUACGUCCCGGAGUCGUUGAUCCUGAACAUAGAUCAGCAUCAGGGGCAGAUCAACAACGGAGGGACGGAGGCUCUUCGGGGCAGACUCCACCAGGCUCACCGGGACAGACGCGGCCUCGACUCGAACAAGGCCGAGGAGAUGUUCGUGACUCAUGCUCAGACAUUGGCGGAUUACGGCUCGCACUAUUACAUCGCCACCGUGGACUCGAAGGAGCUGGAGAAGGUGAUGGCGCAGCAGAGGAAGAGAAACGCGAGCGAGAAUCGCGAGGCGUCCGAUGGCGUGCCGCCCGAGGCCACGGAAAAUAUUUACAAUCGCGACAGACUCCAGGAGUAUCCUCAACGCGCGAGGAUCGAGAUCGCGCGGCUAGGAUCGUGCGAGAAUCUCCCGAAGAUCCCGUACGGGAUCGACGAGACGAAACCGAGUCUGACGAAGAGCGCCACGUCGAACGAGAUCUACGACGCUCAGAAGUCGCCCAAGUCCCGGGUCGAGACGUGCAACAACAACAACAAUAACAACAACGUGAACAAUAAUAUGAAUCACGGGGGCAAGGGUACCAAAGGCGGCAAGAAGAAAACCGAGAGCAACGUUUGGCUGGCCAUCCACGCGCAAGGUUUGAAGCUGUUCGAGAGAGGCGGAGAACCCAGGGAGAGGAUCGAACUGGCCCAGUUUCAGUGGAAAGACAUUCAGACUCUCAGCUACAGCAAAAGCUGUCUUGUCGUUUACAGCAAAGUGAAUGGGAAACGAUGCAAGUUCAAGCUCAGAAUGGAUCAUCGAAAAAGUUACUUCGCUUUCAAGCUCACCUCUCUGCACCAUCAGUUUUUCCUGAGGCUGCGUUCGGAGCUUACUUCGUUGCAGGGGCUCGCGAAAGAGUUCGGGGUUCCCACGACGAUGGAGACGAAGGCCUCGCCGUCGAAGACGAAGUCUCACGACAGCAAAACGAAAAUAGCCAUAGCGAACACCGUGAAAAACACGCAGCCGAGGCCAAGUUACCCGAUGCAGCUCGAGGAGUAUCAGAACAAAGAGAACGAGAAUCCUCAGAAGGAGACGAACGCAGUUUCAAAGACGAAGGACGCUAUUCGCGAGCCUGGCCUCUACACAUUCGAGGAAGACGCCCUUUACGCCCAGGUGAACGUUCGAUUGGAGCCGGAAGGCGAGUCCCGUGACACGGAAGAUGAAUCCGAGAGAAGUUUAACGACUCCCAACGAGCCCCUCUCGUUGGACGCGAAGGGAAUGAAAAGCAACGGGAAAGUUUACAAUUGCCCGCGGAUAGAGUUAGGAACGGACACGGAAUGCGGCUAUUCCAUUCCUAAAAUUGUCUCGUCGAACGACCUGGACCAGUUGGAGAAGCCAGACAAUCCCGAGGAACUGUACGCGGCCAUCAACAAGGUUGGGAUCUCGAGGAAGAUGGAGUUUCCGGUUCCGGACGAGGUAUGGGACGUCACCGACGUGAAGAAGUCGCUACACAAAAUGAAGACCUCGAGCUUACCGAAUUAUGGAACAUCGAGACAAACGGGUGGUUAUCGCACGCCCAGUUUACCACGGCGGCUGGGGGUAAAAAUGGGAACGCGAGCGAUCUACAGCAGCCUCGCUCCGAAAGACACCGCUCUUGCCGACGACAUGGAGUCGCUAUCGCUGAAAUCGGACACGGAAUCAUCGAUACAAUCAUUAUCCGGACGAUCCACGGAGUCUCCCCUGCCGGAAGCAUACGUGCUCAACGCCGACAUUCGAACGGACGACGAGACGUUCCACGUUACCGAGGACGAAUCGAUGUCCGCUUCCUUAGCGGCGCGGUUGGAGGAGUUGUCCUUCGCGGAGGAACGGAUCCUGCAGACGAUCAAGCUGGAAAGAGGCCACGGCGGCAGCAUAGGGUUGCAAGUGACUGAGGGUAACGACGGCGGCGUUUACGUUCAAGCGGUAUCGGUCGGAGGGUCGGCCGAUAUGGCCGGGAACGUGAACAAAGGCGAUCGUAUCGUCGCGAUAAAUGGACAGAAUUUAUUACACCUGCGGUACGAGGACGCUCUGAAGAUGCUGCAGAGCUCGUCCGAUACGAUCGAGCUGGUCCUCUCGCAAGCCGCCUCCCGCAAAAACGCGAUCUCCAGGCAGAAACACGAACAGAACGUGGUGGAAAAUAAUUAUCUGAACGACAUCAGAUUCGACGUGUCCUCGGAAGCGGAUACCUCGAGCGUGACGAACAAAUGGCUCGUUCAAAGGACCACCGACGGUGCAUCGGUGCAAAACACCUCGAGCGCAUACAGCAGUGCUGCGUCGAGCGCAAUGGGUAAUCACAAUGCAAACAGCCUGUACAUGACCGAUCUCGUCGAUGCUGGCGGACUCAAGUCCGCUAGUAUGUUGCUGAAUAUAGAGGACUUCGACGUCAGCAGAACGAGUCGCCAAGUCUUUAUUUAAUCGUCGAUAUGCAGGCGCAGAGUCCGCAAACAGACCGCCGGUCCCGCCGAGGCGCAAAAAACGCAAAGCCAAGUUUCCACCAACCGUGAAAUCUCCGCAAGGAACGUCACCGACC